AUGCGUAUGCAGGUCUAUUUUUGGAAGAAUAUUAGUUACAGAAAUUGCCUGGACCUACGACUUACCACUGCCUGGGAUAAAAUGUGGAUAGAAAGGAUUAUAUUAAAACUUGCUGAUAUGUACAACAUUCAAUUGAUUUGGGACAGAGAGUCUGCCUUCAUCACCGGAACCUGUGCUAUAAUUGGUGGAAUUAUAGGUGGCUAUAUGAGGGGACAAAGUGGAGCUAUUCUCGGUGCUAGCACAGCAGGAUUGAGUGGGUUUGGAGUAUCAAAAGUUGUCAGCCUACGCAAAAUCUGGGAGAGUAUUCGAACAAGGCUAGAAGAGCUCAUAUACAUAGUGUUAAAUUACUUACGCAGCAUUGAUCCUGUGGAUUAUGUGCAAGCAUUUCGAGCACUGAUGGCCUGCACAUCGAGUCGUAGAGAACUGGCUUAUAUGAUUUUAAACUUCAUUGCAGACAAACUUGAGACAAGAGUGCUUUCAAGCUUAACGGCCGCUUAA